AUGAUGUGUGUGAAUUUGUUAUUUAUUGCAUUCUAUUGUAUUAUAAGACUUUUUUAUGAAUUGGAAUAAUAGGUAAUUUGGACGAUAAUACAUUAUACAUCUACUUAUGCUAUUUUUGUUAUCUUCAACCUUUAAUUAUUGAAGGAAGACAAUUAGAAAGCUGGUUCAUAGCUGGUAGAAAUAUAUUCAAAUACAGAAAGAUAUAGAUGGAAAGAAUCAAAUUUUCAAGAGAAUUUUUAAGAGAAUUAUGCAAGAUAUCUAUGUUUUAAUUAAAUUAGAGAAGGUGUAAUACUUUUUGAAUAGGGUUAUGAAAAAUAACCUACAUUUAUAAAUUAAUCAGCGAAGAAAAUGUUUUCGUUUACAGAUGAAACAUAGCUUCAAUAAAUAUUUUAAAACUAUGUUUAAAUAGAUAAAAUGGAACCAAAAAGAUCAAUGUAAUCAAUCAAGAGUUUUGGAGUCGACAGAUAGAAUUCAAUUUUUCAUUAAUUAAGUGGGUCUCUCUCUUAACAUUCUAGACCAUAAAGUGCUUAUAAGCCUUAAUAAAAAGAUAUCUCAUUUUCUUAACUUCUUGAUAAGGCUUGGAAUAAUCAUAAUAAAGAAAGGCAUUUAUUUUACUUAUAAUAAUGCAAACAAAGUUCAUAAGUAAAAUUAUUAGGUAUAUUUAGUCUUAAUACUCUCCAAUAUUUGAAGUAAAUGUAUACAUUAAUUCAUAAUUUAGAAGAAUUAUGACUUUGGUUUGCAGAGACUUGAGUUAUAAACAAUAUAUUUAAUAACUUCAAUGUCAUAGUAAUUACAAUUCCAAAAUGAUUUCAUUUGUUUCCCAUGAAUUUAGAGCACCUUUAGGUUGUAUGAUAACUAUGUUAGAAUAUGUUGCAAAAGAUUUAAAUAAUUCAUACAUAUAAACAUCUAUUGAGAAUUCAAAAUAUUUGUUAAAUUUAUGCAAUGAUCUUCUUGAUUUGGCUUAAAUUAAAGCAAAUAAGUUUUAAUUAAAAAUAGAAAAGUUUAAUCUAAAAAAGUUAUGUUAAGAGUGCUUUUAAAUGUUUAAUCUUUAAGCUGAAAAAAAGAAUCUGAAAUUAAUAUUAUAAUAUUCUACUCAAUGUCCUACUAUGAUUGAAUCUGAUUAAAGUAGAAUUAAACAAAUUGUGAUUAAUCUGCUUGGAAAUGCUUUUAAAUUUACUUAAGAAGGUUAUAUAAUAAUAAAUGUUGAGGCAUUAUAAGAUAGUGUAAUUGAGAUUACAAUAUAAGAUACAGGUAUAGGUAUUUAAGAAUAAGAUAAAGAAAUCCUUAUGAUGGCUUUUGGUAAAGUAAAUUCAGAAGAGAGUAAAAAGCUUAAUGCAUAAGGUGUGGGAUUAGGAUUGUUAAUUAGUAAUAAGAUUGCUUUAUUAUUGGGAAAUGGGUUGAAGUUUGAUUCAACUUACCACAAAGGCUCAAACUUUUCAUUUACAAUUAAUUUACCAGAAAAAGAGAGCUUUUAAUCUGAUAUUUUAAAAUAAUUGUGUAAUAAGUAAACAGUUUUAAAGGAUAGUGAAAUUAUAGAAAACUUAAAUGAAGUUGAAGAAAGUUCAAAGGAAAUAUAAAUAUUUAUAAGUUAACCUAAAAAAUCAUUAGUUUAAGUAGUUGAAUGUUGUACCAAAAUUUUAAUUGUUGACGAUACUCAAUUCAAUAUUGAUACAUUAUAAAUAUUGUUAUCAAAAAUGUAUGUUAUAUAAUAUUACUUAGAGGCAUUCAUUAAGUUGAUUAUUCGAUAAAUGGAUAUAAGGCAAUAGAGAAAAUAAAAUAGAAAGAAAAAUGCUGUAAAUGUGAUAGUAGAAUGUAUAAAUUGAUAUUUAUGGAUUUGGAAAUGUUGGGUAUUAAUGGAAUUAAUGCUUCAAAAUUAAUAUUUACAUAUUGUGAAGAAAAUGGGAUAUAAUUGCCAAUAAUAGUGGCUUGUUCUGGGCAUUAAAAAGAAAUUGAAUUUCCAAAAUGCUAGCAAAUUGGAAUGAAAUUUUAUUUGGAAAAGCCUGUGUAAAUAAAAGCUCUAUAAGGUAUUAUCGAUCAUUAUCGAAAUUCACUUUGA